CUGCACGUGGGAAAUGUAUAUUGAAUAUCAGUGAAAUAUUCUAAUUAAGUAGUCAAAAUAACGAUAUGGAAAUGAAUAUAAUUUUAAUAAAUUUAUAAAAAUACGCCAUAAGCCCGAUAAAACAGUAGUACUUUCUUCAGUGGCCACCGAGAUGUAAAAAUAUGAGAAAUAAAUGUUCACUAUUGAUUUUUGCGGCAAAACUCCAGUGGUGCAAUCUUGGUAUGAACAUUUUAGGACUUAGUGUGAAAGGUGUACAGGUAGUCAGUCUGAUCCGAAUAGUCCGAAAUCUACAAACGAUCAAACUGACUAGUUGUGAAAGUGGUAGUAACCCGCGCAGUCGCAACAGGCUGUCUUCCAGCACCAGUUCGUAAUCGAUUAUUUUUGGCUCACCGAAAAACGGCCACUGUGGCGCCGCCGUCAAAAUCACCAAUUAUUCUGCUACCGUUACCACCGCCACCACUGCUGCUGCCAUCGGGAUGGAACUCUAAUCUGUCAUCUUGUUCACCGCCUCCCACCCACAGAUGACCAAGACAAAUCAGCGCUGCUGGCGGCAGCUUCGACCUCAACACCGAAGGAUAACACCCAGCAGUGACCCACGUUAUUUUGUCCCGUUCGUCUUUAUAUCGCGCACGUAUAUAGUAACAACAGGUUCUGUCAUACUGACAUUUCAUUCACACACUAAAUAAUUAUAAAACACAGCAUACCUAUUGUGUUGAUUGUAACUCUGAGGUCUUGAAUAAAGUCGAAAACAAUAUAUUACAAAUAACAACACCGUCAUAAUGUCUACAGUUCUAAAUAGUACAUGUCCAGAAAUUAGUUUUUUAAAGACCCGCAAUCUCAUGAAUGAUCAAAUGAUCGCACAACUUAUCAAAAAACGAAAGUAUUUCACCCAGCAAACAGUCACCGAAGAGAUCACAAAAGAAGAGUGUAUGAAAUUAAUAAAACUCGAAUUGAGAGUGUUGGAGAUUUGCGAUAAUGAAAUGAACAAAAGUGCUAAUCUUAAUGCAAUGUUCGAACAUCAGAAUUUCAGAAUCCUUAGUGUUUUGUCCAAUCGAAUCGAUCACUUGUACUACAGCAUGUUUCUACUAUUUUCAUUCGAAUCUGAGUUAUUGGAAGAGUACAUGGAAUUUCAAUCAACACAUAAAUUGUUUAUAACCAACGAAAUACAUCCAUUGAUUGUACUUAUGUCAAAAAAAAAGUGUGAUUCGAAAUUGUACAUAUCUGCAGCGUUAUUCGAACAUAAACGCCGCAAUAUGCAGGCUGCAAGAAAUUAUUUUAAUGAAGGAAUUAGAAUACAUAAAAAUUGCAAAAAACUGCGUCUAGAACAAUUCAGGAUAGAAAUACAAUUUUUGGUAAACAAAGGUCUGGAAUCAUCCGACAUGGUUGUACAAAAGUAUAAAGCAACAAUCGACCAUUUCCACAACGACAUAGAACUACACAUAACUUUACUAGAAAAGACCUUACAAGUUGAAUCCAUUAAUCAUCUUCAAUGCAUUGUUAUGUUCGAUUUUAUCAAUAGAUACCAUCAAAAUUAUCUGAUGUGGCAUAAAGUUGCAUUAUUAUGUACAGAAGGAUACAUGCUUGAUGAAAAAAUUUCGAGGACUAUAAAGUACACCACUAGUUGUGAAUACAGAAUAAGGAGUUGUAUCAAAUGGUAUGAAGAAGGUUUAAGAAAAUUAUUAAAUAUGGAAAAAAAAAGAAAUUUAAAUAAAUUAUUUACUGAAUAUUUAGUAAAACAAUGGAUAAGCAGUUCUGUUAAGGAUGAGGCAAUUAGAUGUUUAGUCAACAGAGCAAUGGAACAAGCGUUCCAAAAAGGCCAUUUUGAGCUUGGUGGUCUACACAAACCGGAUUAUUACGUUUAUUGGGCCGAACAUACCAAUCAAAGACGUCCUGAAAUUUUAAGAAUGGCGAUCGAUCGCAACAAAGACAACGUUGAUGUGUGGGUCGAAGUUUUGAAAUAUCAUACUGAGAUCUUUGAUAAUUAUAAAUUAGCAAAACAGGUUUUUGAUGACGGUGUCCGGGCAUUGGAAGACAAAUCAUUGCUCUUGUGGGAAUUUAUGGAUUUAUAUUUGCACAACACCAAUUUUUUUCUGCUCGAGCAGUUUUUCGAAGAAGCCGCCGACUACCCAUACGAAGAGAUUAACGCGGUGUACCGAGUCAAGUAUUUCGAAUGGUGCACUUUGUACAACGACCUAGACUCUAGUCGGGAAUUGUUCAGCAGAUUGAUAACCAUAGACCCAGAUAACAAGAAGUUGUACUUGAUCAUGAUAAAUUGCGAGAUAUUGGCCCCUAUUGUAGACGUCAAUAUUGUAAGAAAUCUGUAUAGCCUCACGUGCUUGAAAUUUGGCCCUCAAGAAAAUGACGUCCGUUUAUGGGCCGAUUGGAUUCAGUUCGAGUUCACAUACGGUAAAAGUCCAGACGCCGAAGACACCUAUAAUGCGACACUUAUGCUUGUCAAGCCAGAGUUGAUGAGUGCUUUGGAACACAAGUACCAUUUGAUGAAAGAAGCUUACAACAAUCGCAAUGUUACUAUCAAUCCAGUUGUUGUUGAAAUUCCAGACCCCGAAGAGUAAUAAAUAGGUAUCUGAUAAAUUCUUAUUAGGUAUAUUUUCUUUCUUACGUUUAGCACGUUAUUUAAUUUAAACGUGUCAUAUUGGUAAUGAUUGCUUGUGUUUUAGUUAUUAAGUACUCCAUUUAACUGUACCUAUAUAAUAUAAUUGAUAAUUAUUAUGUUUAAGUUUGUGGGUAUAUUGUUAUAUUA